AUAUUUCAUUAAUUUGAUGGUGCAGCAAAAGAUUGUUAUUCAGGUGUCAAUGCCCUGUGACAAAUGCCGGACGAAGGCCCUCAAGAUUGCUGCUGCAGCACAUGGUGUGAUAUCAGUGGCAUUACACGGUGCAGAGAAAGACAAAUUGAUGAUUGUUGGAGAUGGGGUUGAUGCAGUCUGCUUGACUAGUUCCUUGAGGAAAAAGUUUUGCCAUGCAAGCUUGGAGACAGUGGAAGAAGUGAAAGACAAAAAAGUUGAAGAUCAGAAGAAAGAUGAAGAUAAGAAAACUCCAAUCGUAUGCUGUCCACAACCUCAGCUGGAAUUUUUUACCGUGGUGCAUGAUCCCUAUCCAAGCCCUUGCACUAUAUUGUGAUA